AUGGGGAACUGUCACACGGCGGAGGUUGCGGUGGUGGUGGUAAUGCAGCCAGGAUAUAAACCGGUGACGAUUUACCAGCCGGUGAGUGGACGUGACGUCAUGAACUUGAAUUCCGGUCACUACGUCGCACAACUGGUUAAGUCGCCGGUGAAGUAUUUGAAGCUACUCCGGCCAGAUGAUACCUUACUUGUUGGUCAAGUUUACCGACUCAUCAGCUACCAAGAUGUGUUGAAAGAGUUUGCUGCAAAGAAGUGCAUGAAACUCAGGAAGUUGUUGAUGGAAAGAGUAGUGUUUGCACCGGUGAAGGAGGCGGUGGUUGCUCCGGCGUCGACAGUAAAUAUCAGUUCCGACAAGGUGGUUAGGUUAUAA